AUGGAGGACGUUUUAGAUGAAGUGGUCUCAUCCGAAGAUUUGCAAAAGUUCGAGAAAGUUUUUCAUGAGCAGUUGCAUCAGGGUAAGGUGACUCAUAAAGCGCAAUUCGAAUAUGCGUGGUGUUUGGUACGGAGUAAAUACCCUACAGAUAUCAGAAAGGGUAUCCUGCUCCUCAAGGAGUUGUUCAAUUCUCACCCAGAUGGCAAACGAGACUACCUGUUCUAUCUUGCCAUAGGCAACGCUAGAAUCAAGGAGUAUAACAAAGCACUUCACUAUGUAAAGGCGUUCCUUGAAAUUGAGCCUGCUAAUCAGCAAGUAUUGGCAUUGGAGAGACAAAUCAAUAAACGCAUGGAGAAGGAAGGGUUGAUUGGCAUGGCUGUGGCAGCAUUUGGCUUUAUUAAUGAAUGUCUUUGUGGGCGUUCAUUGCUUCGUUACAAAGAAAUGGAGGCGAAAGAGGAG